UCUAAAUUUCUCAUGGGCAAACACAACACUUCAAAGGAACCUAUUUUUGGAAUCGUGGUACUCUGUCAAUUUGAAUUCUAUGUGAAUGGUUUGGAAUGAAGAUCAAACAAAGAACAAGGACAUCAUCAGGAGACGACAACGUUUUGGAAUCAUAGGGAAAGCCGCAGAAGAAAAAGAAGAUCAAGAAAUGUUGAAGAGACAGCAACUACAUGAACAAUGCCAGUUGCAUGAUUUGAGCCAAGUCAUUGAUCACCUGGGCCGCCACUGCUUCGCUCCCGAUGAUUCUCUCGUCUCCAAAUCCACUUACUACGACCUCCAACACGCAAUUUACAGUGAGGCGAUUGCAAUGGUGGAAGACUAUCACCAAGGCUGGGGGAACCCUCCUCAGCUGUAUGAGACACUGGAGCAUCUUAUGAUCACUGCUGAAGCCGCUCAGAAGUUGAGGCUGCUUCUGCUUUCUAAAGACGGUGAUAUUCAUGAUGAAUAAAUUGAAAGUAUAGUGUCACAAAGUUCCACCAAUAGUCCUGGUACCAGUUUUACAAUCGGAUCAAGUUCUAACUCCAAGUUCUAGUGGUGCAAGCACAUUUAGUACAACAAACAACAAUCUUUCUCUCGGACCUACUCUAGUUGAGGAACCUGCACUUGGAGGCCUUCCUAGUUGCUUUCUUGGAAUUACACCGGCAUAUUUAUGGAAAACACAGUUCCAACUUCCAACAAAUCCCAGUUGACGUGGUACACUGUCUAAUAUAUAUGGUUCUGCCAUACAGAAGUGCCUUCUUUUCUAAUUUAUUCUUCAUUCAUUCUUGUCAUUGUAUCCACAUUUGAACUUUGUUUCUUAUAAUUUAUGUUAUUCAUUAGAUAUAGUCCAUUAUAGUAUGAAUGAAGAUCUUAUUUUGGCAUAACUAGUCUUUAUGUAAUUAGAAGCUUCAUAUACUACAUCAUCUUUCAACUGUAGGAUAUGGCAGAAUACCAGUUUUGUGUUUCGGAUGAGAUUGAGGCUCGGUUGAGAGCUCAAUGUGAUAAGUUAACUGAUGCUUUUCUAAUGGAAGACAUAGACAUAGGUCUCUCUC